UUGCUACUAUUUCUUGUAAAAUGUAAAAAAGAAAUUGAAAUGAAAGUAAUAUUCCGAGGAGGGCUUGAGGACAACGUAAACUCUGAGACGCUGCUUGUAGACAUCAAUGAGCUAAAAGAAACAGCAAGAGAGGCCGGAAGAACUGCAGUUAUCGCCAAAGACCUAAUAUUAUAUAUAGAAAAAACCCAUUUAAAAAGCGAUUACAAGCACUUUUCACUAAACGGUGAGCUAGAAGGCGGCAUUUUAUGCAUAAUAAACGAAGUUGACUGGGACAUUCUUAAGGAAGAGAACACAGUGCUAAAUGACAAUGACACUAUUCACUUUAUAACAACACUGCAUGGUGGUUAG